UUGUCACUUGGCUUGAAUAUUGGAAAGACAUUUAACACAGCAUGCCUCGAACCCGUACAAGAAGAGCUACCGACUUUUGGGAAGGAGAGUCCUCAGAUGAUGAGCAGUACUCAUACCGUGAGAAAAAGCUUGAAGAACUCGAAAACCCAUGGGUAGCACCCGCCGCCCUGACACCCGUAGAACCCCCAAAGAAACCAGUCGCACUUCCCCCACGAGUUUCCUCACUGCCCACUCCUCCUCCCGGGAGCCCCACUUCACCAAAGUCAGCAUUAGGGAACCCUUGGACAGAUGGCGUUGAUACAAGUGCCGGUGAUAUCGGAAUAUUGGGGAACUUUCAUGCAGAGCCGGUGGAUAUGUCAGAGGAACAUGAUUUGGAAGAGACUACAGAAAAUGAGGUGGUGGGACGGACGAAAUCAUCUGGGAUUGAGGACAGCUCGCGAGGGAGCUCAUCUAGAGUCGUAUCAGCGGAAGAGGCAUGGCAAGCCGCUCACGGAAGCAUACCUGUAAUAGCAACAUCGGGAUCAAUUCUGAAUGAAACCCCCAAUGACGAUCCAUGGGAUUUACUGGCUUCCAGUACAAGUGCCACUGCGGCCGAUCAACCAACGAAGCAGGUUUCGGGAAGUGCAGAUGACCUAUUGGCCUUCCUAUCUGGCGAUGUUGAUAACAAAGCAAAACAAGCGGACGAAGUAGUUAGAAGGGAUGUGAAUAGUGUAGAAAUGGCUAUAAAGCAGGAAUUAGUGGAAGACAUGUCGAGAACCACAUUUGGAGCCGCAUUGGCUGCCGAACCGUCAAUGCUGGAACGGGAUGCGGACGCAGAAGCCCUUAUACGGCAAGUUGUCCAACUACAAAAAGGCCUCCGAACAAAAGUCAACCGAGUGGUUACUUCGAAAUCAGAGUACUCAAAACAGCAUUCCGAAAACCAGGUACUUCAUCAAUACAUUUCAAACUUGAUGGCUGCUACCCGAAAGAUGGAAAAAGAUAAAGAAGCUGGAAAAACUGAAAAGGCCCCAAAAAGAGGAAGACGACUGUUUGGAUAGCGGAUAGCCUCGUCUUGGUUGCCUUCGUGUAUAUAUUUGUAGCAUAAUUAAGUUAGUAGCAUUCAAUGCAAAUUUCUUUGUGAGUGAUCUUGACAGUAUUCGACACAGUAGCAAGGUAUUUGCUGAGAAGUAAAAC